AUGAUAGAGAAGGAAGGUUUUGAGGGUUCUUAUAAUGCUGCAAAUUUAAAAUCUAGUGAGGGCCCAUCUCAAUAUCCACUGGAAUACAAGACCCUCUGGAAAGAAAGCAAGUCCGGACCAUUGGUAGAGGUUGCAGGCGAUGAUCAGCCCCUUCUUUUGCCACCUCAUGUUUUGGCAAACAAGAGUGUCAAGGAAAAACAGCCAAAAAUAGAGUAUGAAGGACAAACAGGCAACAUUAUCCAGAAAAAACGAGCAAAAAUGAAUUCCAAGGGAAAACGGGUACAAAUAGAGUUUGAAGAAGAAACAGGCAAAAUUUUCCAGAAAAAACCGGCGAAAAGUAGGUUCAAAGGAAAACGGGCAAACAAGAAAAAACUCAGCCUUCCAGAACCAAAAGUAAUAGAGUUCCAAGCCGGAGAUGAAGUGGAGGUGAUGUUGAAGGAGGAAGGUUUCGAGGGUUCGUACUAUGCUGCAAAAAUACUAUCUAAGGAGGAUGCAUCUCAGUAUAAAGUGGAGUAUAAAACCCUCUUGAAAGAAGACGAUUCCGGACCACUAGAAGAGGUUGUCGAAGUUCAUCAGCUCCGCCCUUCGCCACCUCCUUUUCCGGUCAGCUAUUUCAGCUUGUAUGAGUUAGCUGACGUGUAUGAGAGCGAUGGCUGGUGGGCUGGGAUCAUAAAUGGGAAAUUCCAGUCAGACUAUUUCGUCUACUUCCCUACAACUCAAGAAGAGAUCCCUUACCGCUUGAGCAAUUGA